AUGCGCUCCACACUUGUCGCCUUCCUGCGGACUUGCUCUCGUGAAGGGAAUCUGGACACUUAUCGCCUCGCCCAUGAGAAGUCCUGGAUCGUGCUUCGUGAAGAUGCGGAGCUCCCCGUGGCCCCGGCUCGGCUCCCCGUGGCCCCGGCUCAGCUCCCCGUGGCCCCGGCUCAGCUCCCCGUGGCCCCCGCUCAGCUCCCUCAGCUCCCUGUGGCCCCCAAUCAGCACACAUUGGCUCCUGGAGAAAGUUCCACGGCCACUAAAGCAAGAAUAUCAACAUACAGGAAAUCAUGCCUGAACUGCGGCAUGAUUUACAGAUACCAGGAGUGGGAUGAGGGUAUCCACAACUUUGAUGACCACAUCAUCCUGUCUCUGCACUUGUGCCUGAUGGUCAGGAAUGCACUACAGACCCAUACAGCUAUCAGUAAAGUGAUAGAAAUUAUAGAGACAACGGAAAAGGUGUCCUUUCCAAACAAGGAAAGAGUUCUGCAGGCAUACCUCCACUUUGAGGCCCUAACCGACCAUGAGUACACGUACAGUUGUGUGUCAUGUGGAAACAACCCAGCAGUUGUUGUUAUGGACCUCCACAAAAAAGGCGUUUUCAAUAUGCCAGAUGGACGGAAGAACCCUUUCGUUGUGCCCCCGAGCUAUCAUCACUGGGCCCCCUGGAUUGGCCCACACACCCGGAGGUCAAAUUCUGUGUUGAACACAGAAUUUGAAAAAUUGCAAAGCCCCAAAGCAGAUGGAGAUGAUAACUUUAAUGAUGACGAAAAAAUGCAUGAGGAGCGGCUCACAGAUGAGCUUGUGAACUUGAAGGUACAGGAGGUCAGGGCACUGUGCAAACAGUGUGGUGUGGAUGAUAAGGGGUCCAAGAUAGACAUGGUUAUGAGACUGUCUGACAAAAUGUCUAAUAGAGUCACCUACAACAAGGUCUUUGAGAAAGUGUGGGGUGCUUCUGGUGGCUGGGCAGUUAUCACUUGCCCAUGUGGGGUUGUGUUUUCAGUCAAAUUCAACCUUAGAGCAGAGAGUCCACGUGACUUUGUGGAUCUCUUGCUGUCCUGGAAACACCUCCCCAAUGUGGCUGUGUAUGAUUAUGCCAGGGGUCUGGCACUGCAUGCCAACCGCAGGCAGCCAGGAAUAUUUGCCCCUUUUCAGGGAAGGUUACUGGAUCCCACCCCAGAGAACGUGAAGCAGGCCUCAGAGGGAAAGGGGAACAGCAAAGACCAGUGUGAGGUUCUAAGAAAGCUGGAGCUUGUGCCUGAACUUGCUGGUCUUAUUAACAGCCAGUGUGCGGAGCAGCUGUUUUCAGGGAUGAGAAAAAACAACUACUUUUUAAAUCAGACAACCCCAUCAACACACAUUUUUCUACAAAGAAACAUUCUCCACCAUUACAACAUGGCAAGGAACCAAAAAAUCAAAAAUCAGUACAGCAAGAUUGUUCCUCCAGAUGUUUCAUUGCAGUUUGACAGCUAUGGAAGGGUUGUCUUAGAUCAUGCUGGGGACAGAAACUCCAAGACAGCCAAGAACAACUGGUAA